CAGCCAUCUGCUGGUGCCCUGCCCACUGGGAUCUGUGACCCCAGCUUCCUGAGGCCCCAGGUGGUGCCCUGGGGCAAGGGACGUAGGCCAGGAGACCAGGAGCUCAAUGUGCGGCAGAAACUGGUGGAUGUGGGGCCGAGAAUGAGGGGCUUUCCUGAUGGGACUGCCUUGGUUUCCCUGAGGGGAUGCAGUCCUGGGAGGGAGAUUCUGGAUGACCUAGUUUCCAAGGGGUGGGGAUAAGAACAGGCCUGGAUUAAGGACCUGGCUGGCCACCUCCCUCAUUGCUCAUGAAGCUCUUGGGGUGUUGGCAGGGGCUUCUGAGUCCUGAUUUUGACAGACUUGGGGGCUGGAGCCUCAGGGUGGAUCCCCUGCUGCCUUCCUGUCUAGGGUUUCUGUGGGAAUGGGAGCCAGGAGUUCUGGCACCAACUUUGUUGAGGGGGCGGGACCCAACACAGCUGGCCCCUCCCUGGACCAGGGCCUCAAAUACCUGAGUGCCCAGGCAUCAGACCUUUUGUCCGACCGAGCCUUGGAGUCUGGUACCACGGACACACUCCCAGCCUGGACCUCAAACCCUUAUUUGGGCCCAAAUCCUGAGCCUCUGGCACUGCCCUAUCCACAUCUCAGCCCCUACCUCGGAGCAAUGGGACGGCCCCGGGCCCUGCUGGCUGCGCUCUGGGCUCUGGGGGCUGCCGGGGCAGCAGCGCUGCGCAUCGGAGCCUUCAACAUCCAAAGCUUCGGUGACAGCAAAGUGCUGGACUCGGACUGUGGCAGCGUCAUCGCACAGAUCUUGGCAGGCUAUGACAUCACGCUCGUGCAGGAGGUGCGAGACCCGGACCUGAGCGCAGUGACCGCGCUCAUGGAGCAGAUCAACAGCGUGUCUAAGUACCAGUACAGCUACGUGAGCAGCGAGCCCCUGGGGCGGGAUCAGUACAAGGAAAUGUACCUGUUCGUUUACAGGGAGGAUGCGGUGUCGGUGGUAGACACGUACCAGUACCCGGACCCGGAGGACGCCUUCAGUCGUGAACCUUUCGUGGUCAAAUUUUCAGCUCCCGGCUCCGGUGAGGCCCCGCCCCCGCCGCAGCCCCGCCCCCUGCAGGCCCCGCCCCGCCUGACACCCGCCUCUCCCACAGCCGCCAAGGAGCUGGUGCUGGUGCCGCUGCACGCCGCGCCGCACCACGCGGUGGCGGAGAUCGAUGCCCUCUACGACGUGUACCUGGACAUCAUCGACAAGUGGGGCAGCGACGACAUGCUGUUUCUGGGCGACUUCAACGCGGACUGCAGCUACGUGAAGGAGCACGACUGGGCGGACAUCCGCCUGCGCAGCAGCGAGGUGUUCAAGUGGCUCAUCCCGGACAGCGCGGACACCACCGUGGGCAACUCGGACUGCGCCUACGACCGCAUCGUGGUCUGUGGUGCCCACCUGCGCAAGAGCCUGAAGCCCCACUCGGCCACGGUGCACAACUUCCAGGAGGCAUUUGGCCUGGACCAGACUCAGGCCCUUGCCAUCAGUGACCACUUUCCUGUGGAGGUGACUCUCAAGUCCCACUGACAGCUCCGAGGACUGGCCAGGGCAUGCUGCCGCAGACUGGCUGAAGAACAGCUCCACGGGACUCCUUUAAGGUGCCCUCAGCAAGGCUGCAGGGCAGGGUGAGCUGGGCCCGGACAGGUGGCCAUUGACAUGUUACUGGGACACUGAGCCUACCUCCUACCUGUAAAUGGCCUACCACUACCUACCUCACAAGGUGUGAGAAGCAACCGGGAGCACUGAGUGUGGCUCUGCUCAAUAAACAAGAGCUCAGCUAGGACCACAAUCAGGUCA